UCCAGUAACUCUAUGGGAGGCGGUGGUGCCCCAAUGGGUUUAGGAGGAUUAUUCGCUGGUGGAAUGCCAAAACUUAAGCCCACAAAAGGAGGAGUGAAUAUUCCACAGAGGACAAAGUUGUCUAAUGGACCUGUGCCAAAUGGACCCUCAAAUAUUGGUGGGGGACCACCCCCACCCCCUUCCAUACAAAACAAACCUUCAUUUAACGGACCUUCUGUGAGAUCCAACUUCAGUAAUGGACCCACAGGAAGGGGGGUAGGGGGCCCACCACCUCCACCCCCUUCACAAAAUAAACCCACUCUGAAUGGGGAUUUGGUUGGUCGACCAGGCCCCCCUCCUCCCCCUCCCCAAACUAGCAAACCUGAUUUAAGUGACAGUGUUUCAAGGCCUAGUGCAGGCCCGCCCCCUCCUCCCCCACAAACGAGUAAACCUGAUUUUAGUGACAUUCCUCGACCUGGGUCAGGACCCCCAAAACCUCCCCCACAGAAUCGAAAACCUGGUCUUCCGGGACCACCACCAGCACCACCAAAUUCUUUAAAACCUAGAGCAGAUGAUAGUGCACAAAAUGGAUUAAGUGGAGGAAUGCCUCGAGGGGUGCCACCUCCCCCUCCCUCACGACCGCCACCUGGUGGAGGGAAAUCUAGGCCAUCUUCUGGCUCCCAGAGGUCAUCACAGGUCAGACCUCCAUCUGUGGGGCCACCUCCCCCACCACCCACACUGCCUAACAACAGACCACCCAGCAUGGUGGGCAGGCCUCUUCCACCCCCACCCCCAGGUGUUGGCGGUUCUGCAGUACCCCCUCCUCCCUCGUCGAGGCCACCUCCACUUCCCAGAAACAGUGGAUCCAAUCCACAGCUGGACCGCCCCUCCCAGCCCCCUCCCCCUCCCAUGAGGACCACUUCCAGCACCCCUCAUCUAGGAGCCUCACAGCAAAGUAGACGGCCGGGCGGCCCCCCACCCCCUCCUGCCAGGGGACCCAAUGUUGGUGCUAGCAUGCAGCCUCCCCCUCCCCCCGUCAGGCGGUCUUCGGGGAAUUACUCGGGAGAUAAUGACGAUUUUGAUAACAGAUUCCGGUUUCAUAAUGGAAAUGAGUUACCUCCUCCUGAACCAUAUAUGGGCUCAAACAAAAGCUAUCCUAGCAAAAAUCCUAGAAAUCAAGCUAAUCAAAGAGCCCCACCACCCCCGCCUCCAAAAUAAUAGGAUCCACCCAGCAACUGCUUUUAUCCAGUCACAGUAGAGCUCUCCAAUGUGUGCUGUUGAUAGACUUUCAUGCAGGAAAAGGGAGGGACUGAAAACAAUCUGUUGAUCAGAUUGACAGCAAGAGACCACACCCACUGGUCAUUAUAAUCAUGGAACAAUAUGCACCUUUUCUGUCAAUCAGUUCGAUUGACAGAUGGAUAUAUUUCUCUUUUUUAUCAUAAUUCCUGUUGAUCUAAAGGACAAUAUCAGGAAUUUUCUCAGUCUUUCAGCCGUUUUACAUGCUUCUUUGUCUUUCUGUAUUGAAAAAGAGACAUGAAGCAAGCAUCUGAGAAUUUACAGGUUUUAGUCUAUCCUGGACGUGAAUGUAUAAUUUGUAUCCAAGUUGACAAAUAGCAUAAGAGCUGCCUAAUGUAUGAAUUUCUUUCUCUCUAACAGAUCUUUUUUGUGUAGAUUUCGCAAAAUAUUUGUACCAGAAUUUCUUAAUGUAUGCGCACUUGUUAAUUUUACAAUAUGUUGAGAAAUAAUUAUAUGGAAUCAAAAGUUUAGUUUUUAUAUUGAAGUGUAUGCUUAAGAAUCUUUGUUAGAUUUUUUUGUGUGAAUUUUGAAAAUUUGUUUUGUCUCUUAUCAGCUGGUACCAUGACGUUAUUUUUUUUUUUUAAAUAACAUUUCCGACCUGUAUCAGUUGACUGCAUUCAAUGAGGAGAAAAUUUCACUAAUAAACAACUGAUGCGUUAAGCUUCAGUUGUAAUUCUUUUAAUUGAACAUCUAGCAUCAUUUAAUUUUUAAUCCCAAUUUUUGAUGAAUAUUACAUACUAAAAGAUUUUGAUUUCAACCAGACCUUCUUAAAAAGAAAUGUCUUCUUGCCCUCUUCCUACUCUGAAAAAAAGAAUUGGGUAGUUGGGGGGGGGGGGGGGGGGGGGGUUUACACUUGCAUAUACAAAUUUAAAGCAAUAUGAGCUGCAACUUUGAUGUCGAAUUUUUUUGUUGCAAAAUUGUGAAUAACUAUUUCAAUGACAGAAAAAAAUAACUUUAAUAAACUUCUGCUGUUCAUAUUUGCGAUGGAAGAACUAUUUAUAAGCUUCGAUUGAAUCAAAAUUACAUUAUUGUCGUCCUGUACAAUAAAGAUUUCUUAUAUAAAACUGUAUUUUGGAUUGUAUAUAGAAGUAUUUCUUCUGCUUAAUUUUUGUCUAAUUGAUCUUAAAGGUUUAAGUUAAAUACAAGUUUAUCAUGAUAACGCAUUUUAACACCAAAAUAGAAUUUUCAAAAAUGCAGCUCAUAUUGCUGUAAAAUAACUAAUUGAAUGAAAAACUUUGGAAUUUAAAAAAUAAAAAAUUGCUUACUGGAGGUUAGAAAAAAAAGGUUUCGAGUCGGGCUGUUUUAGUAAACAAAUAUUUUUUUUCAAAGAUGGCCUGAAAAUGGGUUACAGUGGCCAGACAUCACUUUUAAUCAACACAAGUAUUCAGUUCAGAUUUUGCUUUUCCUUCAUUUAUUCUGAUCACAUUUUCCUCUUCUUCAUGUAUAUGAUAUGAACUUGAUGUAUUCUUGUCUCUGCAUUCCAUUAUGUGUAUGCAUGCUUUGUGAUGGUAACUGUGUUUUUUAAUCCGUGUAAAAGUGCUAUUUAUCCCCCUUUGGGUUUUUUUCCCUACCCGAAGAGUUCAGAAAACAGCAAGAAUGGCAAUAUUAAUUUAAACCUUUCCUUCCUGAAGUUUACAUCAAGAAAGUUAUAUCAAGAUUGUUGUUAACAGGUUUUCCACACUAAAUUAUAGUCGCAUAACAUUUAUUUUUUUAUAUUGAAGUAAAUUGUUUUUAUUAUCAAAUAUAUUGGACUAUACAUCAGCACAAUGGAUAUCAGAGAUUGUUAAACAAAUACAUGUAAACUGAUUAUUUAGCGAUGAACAAUGAAUUAAAAUAAUUAAGAUUGAUCAGAAGUUGAACAUGCAUAUGUAUAUUGCAGUCUGGUUUAUAAUUAAUGUCUGGGGUAAAGAAGUUUCUAAUGAACAAAAAAAUCAAGGAUUACAUAUGAAUCUUUAAAAAUUGGAGUCAUAAUUAUGGGUAUAUUUAAAAUAUUGUAUAUAUAUUGUAUGACAGAUCCUAAAAAGACAUAUAAUAUUUAUUAUAUAUUAAAAAGCAAACAUGAUGCUAUUUGAAUAAUACAGUUAUUUAUCUAA